AUGGGAAGAUCGGAGAAAAACCAGAGCAGACCAGAGCAGACAAAGAGAGAUAAGCAAAUGGGGAGCUCAGAUAAAUUAAGACUGAUUCAAGUCUUGGUAAUACUACUGUGUUCUCUGGACGCUCGAGGGGACCCACUUUACCAAGGGAAAUGGGAGCUGCUCCUGGAAAAUGCAGGAGUUUCAGCCAUGCAUAUGAUGGUGUUGCACACCAACAAAGUGCUCAUCUUCGACCAGACUUUCGCCGGACCGUCACAGAUCCGGAGAACCGACCCGCCAUGCAACAGCCGGUCACCCCCUGCAAGUCAAGACUGUUGGGCGCACUCUGUGGAGUACGACAUCGCCAGCAAUCAAGUCAGACCUCUGCACGUUGUGACCGACACCUGGUGCUCUUCCGGUGCCUUCACCAGCAAUGGCAUGCUCGUUCAGCUGGGCGGAAGUCACGACGGCGAGAACAUCACUCGCUAUUUCACGCCAUGCUACCACUCCGCAUGCAGCUGGGUCGAAUCGACGGUGCAUUUGGCGGCGCCCAGGUGGUAUGCUUCCAGUCAGAUCUUACCAGACGAUCGGGUCAUGGUCGUCGGAGGGCGUAGUCAGUUCAAUUAUGAGUUCAUCCCGAAGCGCGCAAACGGUGAAGGCGUGUUCAGCCUUCCUUUUUUAGCACAGACCACGGACAUAGAGGAGAACAAUUUGUAUCCCUUUCUCCAUCUCUCUUCCGAUGGCAAUCUCUUCAUCUUUGCGCACAGGGAUUCCAUUCUUCUCGACUACAAAAACUACAGGGUGCUCAAAAAUUUCCCCACAAUGCCCGGCGGCGGAUCCCGGAACUACCCGAGUACUGGGUCUUCAGUCAUGCUACCUCUCAGCGCCGCCGACAAUUUCCACAGAGUGGAAAUCAUCAUCUGCGGAGGAGCACCCAAGGGAACCUUCAGAGCUGCCAUGGCGAAAAAUUUCAGAGUGGUCUUCAAGUCCUGUGGGAGAUUAGUAAUCACGUCGCCGAAUCCCGUCUGGCAAAUGGAGAACAUGCCGGGUCGGAGGAUUCUGAGCGACAUGCUCAUUCUUCCCACGGGGGACAUUAUAUUAAUCAAUGGCGCCCAAUUGGGAAGCGCAGGCUAUCAGUGUGCCAGAUCCCCUGUUCUGAGCCCGUUUCUGUACAAACCAGCAGAGCCCGUGGGAAAAAGAUUUACAGUCCUCGCGCCUGCAAGGAUUCCUCGAAUGUAUCAUUCUACUGCAAGUGUUCUUCCUGAUGGGCGCGUACUGGUCGCUGGAAGCAACCCCAACUAUGGCUACCACUUCUCCGACGUGCCGUUCAGCACAGAGCUGCGAGUCGAGGCCUACAUUCCUUAUUACCUCGACCCAUAUUACGAUUCAAAGAGACCUACCAUACAUUCUAUUUCUGAACGGACAAUCAGAUUCGGGUCCAAUUUCACCGUUGGUUUCUCUCUCCCAGUACAACCCAAAUCCUCUGCCUUCCGCUUCCACGCCUACGCUCCGCCCUUCACUACGCACUCGUUCUCGAUGAACCAGCGAAUGCUGUCGCUCAGAGCCGCCAUUUCUGUCUCUCGCUACUCUUAUUCGGCCACUUUGACGGCGCCGCCAAGCCCCGUGGCGGCGCCUUCCGGGUACUACAUGCUUAGUGUCGUCAAUGGCGAUGUUCCCAGCAAGGCCGAAUGGAUUCGCUUCGUCAAUUAA